AUUGGCGCCGAACUAUGACCUAUUUUUUAAAAUAAAAUUUAAGGUUAGAUAUUUGUGAAAAUAAAUCAGGAAAAUAGCUAAAUUACAAAAUAAAAAAAAGUUGGCCCCUCUGCUGUAUCCCUUCCCCUAUCUGCAGCAGAGCAGUUCCUUUCUUGCUCUCCUCCGCUAGUCCGGUACCCUCUCGACCUCGGCGUCCCACCGAAGACGACCUCACGCGGAGCUGGGAAUAUUCCUUCGCCUCCGUGCUCCCUUUAGCACCAACUGUCACGGCCGCUUCCAGCACGCAUCAUUCUCGUCUCCCGUCUCGAGAGAUUGCAGGGGGCGGCGCUCGAAGCUGGAGGAAGCGGACGGGUUCGCGAUGGGGUCCGAGGGAUCCUCGGGUCCGGUCGUCGUUCCCAGAAACUUUAGGCUGCUAGAAGAACUAGAACGUGGUGAGAAGGGCAUUGGUGAUGGAACUGUGAGCUAUGGGAUGGAUGAUGCUGAUGACAUAUAUAUGCGGUCCUGGACAGGAACUAUCAUUGGUCCUCCCAAUACUGUUCACGAGGGACGAAUCUACCAAUUAAAGCUGUUUUGUGAUACGGAUUAUCCAGAUAAACCACCGACAGUCCGAUUCCAGACUCGGAUCAAUAUGACAUGCGUGAACCAAGAAACUGGAUUGGUUGAACCAAGUCUAUUUCCUAUGCUUGGCAAGUGGGAAAGGGAACAUACAAUGGAGGACAUCCUGAGCAGCUUAAAAAGGGAGAUGUCAACUCCUCAGAACCGCAGGCUGUACCAACCUCAUGAAGAAGCUGGCAAGGUGGCUAGAUACAGGAACCAGAUGAGCAUGGCCGUCAGCGAUCUUCUGCAUUAUGCGCUGUAGUUAAUAUUAAUUAGUUAACUUUGAGGUAAUGAAGAUCAAAGAGUAGAGCAGAAAGGGCUGUCCCUUAGAUGUGCCGUCAUGUAAUAAUGUACAUUUGAAUUGAGCAGCGAGAUGCCGAGCUUGAGCGAACCCUCUCAGGGCAUGUUUAGGAACAAUCCCGUUCAAUUGCCUUGCUUCCAAACAAGCCCUGUAUUAAAUCCUCCUGUAGCUCACCUUAUUCAUGCCGCCAUCGCAAUAAAGUGUCGAUGAAACUGUUAAAUUGACUGCACACCAUGUAACAUGCAACCGAUUCGAUUUCUGUGAAGGACAACGUGUUCAGUGUCGGCUGUUCCACA